AGUAAAAAAAUAAAUAAAGUGAAUCCUUCAGCCUGGAAGUUAUAUGAAGAAUAUUUUGCAGGCAACAAUAUUUUGAAUAGUGUUAAUGAAUUAACUCGGAUAUAGUCUUUUUAAGACAAUAAAAUGGUACUGCGUUCGGGUAUAAUAAUUCCUUUUCAAUUUCGUGACAGUAAGAAACUUCUAAUGAUUGGAGUGCCUGAAGAGAACCGCAAUUUGAACAUCUGGGACUUGAGAAAUGUUGUGAGAGCUGCAUUUGGAAUUUAUAACUUUGAAUUUCGAAAUAAAAAGAUUGGAUUCAACAUACCGGAUGAGCUGCUUUUGCAUUAUUUGGCGCAACGCCAUGAUCUAACCAAUUUCGUUAUAGAAAUUGGACAAGUUUAUGAUCCUUGCAAAGAAAACUUCACUACAAUUGGUACUUGUUCAACAUGCCGUUGUUCAGCGACACAAAAGUCGUCUUUGGAAUUACAUGAAAACGCAGACACUCCCAUUUACCAUACAACAGUUGGUGGUCGUUCUAAUGCCAGCGGAACAAGUUCACAAAACUCGCAGAAUGCUGAUGAAAUCCCCACAAUGAAAAUUCGGAUGCAGCAUUCAAAUAUACCCGCUGGUGAAAUAAGUCAUAUGGAAAUAGAGCCGAAAAUUGACUACGACUCGACAAUUAAUACGACUGGUUCCAACACUGAGGUGGACGGCUCUUCACCUCCCCCGUUACCGGUCCACCCAAAAUCUAGUGUCUAUAUUGAUGAAGAACAUCAUCAACAGCAGCAACAAGAACUACACUUGGAGCGUUUACAACAUGAAUAUGCAUUGCAACACCACCAACAACAACAACAUUUCGAGGCUUUGAUGCAAGAAAAUACUACUGGAAAUAGCUUUAGGCAACGAAAGGAGCGUAUGUCGAAAAAACAAAAAGAAAUAUACGUUAACUUUAUGGAGCAAAAUCCCGUCAUAAACGAACACCGCCGUAGUGAUCCUAUUUUGGAUCACUAUUGGGUAAAAUUAGCAGAUAUUCUCAACACAGUGCCACAAGGGGCAGUAAAACAUGUAGCAGAAUGGAAACAGACUUUCGAUAACUGGCGUUAUCGUGUGUUUUUGUACGCUCGAUACAAUUCAAAAAUCACAGGUACGGAUGCCUUAAACCCAAAAAGCUUCAAGCCCUUCACACAAACAGAUAAGCGCGCUUAUCACUUUUGGAUAAGAAACCCUGAUACGGCACCACCUGAUUUGGAAAAAAUGCGAAAUGUGUUCGUGAAUCUAGAGGACACUCAACAAGAAUAGUUAGGUAGCACUAUAAAUAAACUAUAGAAUUGCUAGCAUAAUUGAUAAUCCUAUUUUUUAAUAAAAUUUAUAAUUUUUGUCAUAGAAAUAUAGCAAUCAUAUGUAAUGUAUAUAAGUUCAUUGUGUAAUAGCUUAACGACAAUAUCAAUACACAUAUAAAUGAAAACGUGUUGAGUAUUAAAUUUCUAAACAAAAUAUACUAAUUUUAAACACGAGCACGAUACUGCCUUGGAUCACUACAAAAAUGAAAAACUGAGAAAUUUCAUAUUGCUUAACCUUAAUUGACUCAAUUUAGGGCCGUUUUCUUAUUGCCCGGUUAGCAGUCAUCUGUCAAUUAGUACUACACAAUACUUUCUUAAGUCAGUGUGUUUAGAAAGUUAUACUCGUAUCAUUUGCAAGG